AUGAAGAAAUGUCUCCACAGAGGUAGGAAGAGGAGCAGCGUUGGUGAGGAGGAGCAGCCGUCCAGCUGUGCUUUGUGUCAGAAGGUUCUGGUGGAUCCGGUCUCUACCAGCUGUGGACACUGGUUCUGCAGACAGUGCAUCAGGUCCUACUGGGACCAGUCUGCUCCAUCUGGACCCUCCUCCUGCCCCCAGUGUGGAGAAAGACCCAGAACAGGAGCUGGACUGCUGACAGCCAAUCAGAGCAGCUGUGCUUCAGAUGUUSGUCUGCAGGAGGUUCUAAAGGAACAUAAGAUCAGUCUGAGGAGGAGAUGUGAAUGUGUGACUGAAGGAAGUGAUGAAACAGGAAGUGAUGUAACAGGAAGUAGAAUCCUCCUCAACAGGAUCUACACUGAUCUCUACAUCACAGAGGGUUGGAGUGAAGAGGUUAACACCCAACAUGAGGUGAAGCAGCUGGAGAGAGCUUCCAAGAUCCAGAACCUCCGUGACUCUCCAAUCAGGUGCCAGGACAUCUUUAAAUCCUUCCCUGACCAACAUGGAGCCAUCAGAGUGGUUCUGACCAACGGUGUCGCUGGUGCUGGAAAAACCUUCUCAGUGCAGAAGUUCACUCUGGACUGGGCCGAGGGCUUGGAGAACCAAGAUGUCAGUGUGGUGGUUCUGCUUUCAUUCAGGGAGCUGAACCUGAUCAGAGAUAAGCAGCACAGUCUUCUCUCACUGCUCCAUGUUUUCCAUCCAACACUCCAGAAGCUCCCAGCAGAGCAGCUGGCUGUCUGCAAACUGCUCUUCAUCAUUGAUGGCCUGGAUGAAAACAGACUUUCACUGGAUUUCAACAGCAGGCAGAAGGUUUCUGACGUCACACAUAAGUCAUCAGUCAAUGUUCUGCUGACAAACCUCAUCAAGGGGAACCUGCUUCCCUCGGCUCUCAUCUGGAUAACUACCAGACCUGCAGCGGCCAAUCAGAUCCCUCCUUCAUGUGUUUCCAGGGCAACAGAAGUACGAGGGUUCACCGAUGCCCAGAAGGAGGAGUACUUCAGGAGGAGGUUCAGUGAUGAAGAGCUGUCCCACAGAAUCAUCUCCCAUAUCCAGACCUGCAGGAGCCUCCACAUCAUGUGUGGAAUCCCAGUUUUCUGCUGGAUCACUGCUACAGUUCUGGAGAACAUGGUCUUCCCUGAAAGAGACGACGACGUCUAG